UCGCGACGCGCGCAGGAGCAGCCCCAAACAAACGUCAGACAUUUUAGACCACGCCCCUGGUAGGCCAAUUCACAUCAGCCAAUCAGAUUAAAGCAGACAAUCCAGUACGUAGGCGGUUAACACACGCGGUAGUUACGUGCCUUUCAGGUCGUACAUGACCUGUUGUGAUUGUUUGUGUUUUGUUUUUUGUUGCCGCUCACUUUUACAAGCCACAUAGCAGGGCAGACGCGGCGUGUCGUCACCGGAGCCUGUUGUAACGGUCUCCUCUGUAGGGUAGUACCCUAGCGGAGGUGUUUUAAGUGCGCGUCAUCUCUGUUAGAAAGCUGCUGACUACUGUUAGCGUUAGCAACUGAGCUGGUGAAGUAUCGCGAGCUUUUAAACGUGACCAAAUACGGUCGGUAGGUGGACUAUUUAAGGUGUACGUUACUUAGUAAACAGUUUAACUAUUUUUCGAGUGACUACAGAUUCGGAGGAGGAACUUUGUUUCUCUCCAGCUCAGAAAAUCUCAUUGUUAGUGUUAUUGACCUCCCCGAGGGCACCAGCGAAAGGGAGUGACAUGACCCGGUGUGUCCGCUCUCCAGCACCUGAACCCGGACACUGAGCGAAGUGUAUAGUCGUGUGUUCCCCGGUGAGAAUGAGUCGAGGCUCGGCCCUGAAGCUGCUUCUCGGUAAUCGAGCUGUAACCGUGCUGUUCCGCUCGUUCCACUGUUCACCAUGCAGCGCGGCUUUAUCGAAGCCCACGACCGGGUUCAACCCAGAGAGAGUGGCCGUGGUGACGAAGACCACUCGGUAUGAGUUCGAGCUGCAGCGGUAUCGGUAUGCCGGACUGUCCGAAGAGGACCUGAAGCAGCUGCUUGCCAUGAAAGGUUCCAGCUACAGUGGACUCCUGGAGAGACACACCAUCCACACUAACAAUGUGGAGCAUAUAGUGAAGAGCCUGAGGAGCUAAGGCACCGAGGUGAAAGUGGUGAAGAGAGGAGAGUACGAUGAAGAAGUGGUGCGAUGGGCAGACGCCAUCAUCUCUGCUGGAGGUGAUGGGACAAUGCUUCUGGUCGCCAGCAAGGUUUUAAGUAAAGACAAACCCAUUGUUGGAGUGAACACUGACCCUGAGAGGUCAGAAGGUCAUCUGUGCCUGCCUGUACGCUACACUCGAGCCUUCCCCGAGGCACUGGAGAAGCUCUGUCGUGGUGAGUUCAGGUGGCUCUGGCGUCAGAGGAUCCGUGUGCACUUGGAGGGAACAGGAAUCAAUCCGACGCCCGUGGACCUGCACGAGCAGCAGCUGAGUCUGGAGCAGCACAGCCAAGCUCACCGCAUCACAACCAACGACGUCCGGCAGAGAGCAGGAACGAUACACGAUAGAGCCUCCAAGCCCAGCCUGCUCCCAGUCAGAAGCCUAAAUGAGAUCUUCAUCGGGGAGUCUCUGUCAUCCAGGGCUUCCUACUACGAGAUCUCUGUGGACGACGGUCCGUGGGAGAAGCAGAAGAGCUCGGGACUCAGCAUCUGCACUGGAACGGGAUCCAAAGCCUGGUCGUAUAACAUCAACAAACUUGAAGAACAAGCUGUGGAAGAGGUUUUGAAAAUCGGAAAAUCUCUGUCAUGUUUUGAGAUUCCGCUGAAUCGUGAAUUUAUUGAGAACGUCACUGACAAGUACAACGAGUCGCUGGUAUUUGCUCUAGACGACAGGCACCUCCUGUACAGCGUCAGAGAGCCAAUAGUCAACAGAGUCUUCUCUAACAGUCGACAGAGAGGCUUCGCCAACAAAGUCUGCGUUCGCUCUCGUUGUUGGGACGCCUGCAUGGUGAUCGAUGGCGGGACGUCGUUCGAGUUCAAUGACGGCGCCAUCGCCACCAUCAGCAUGAGCGAGGAGGACCAGCUGCGGACUGUGGUUCUAGAGAACUGAGGCCGGUCCAGAGAGUCGAUUCAAAGCCGACACUCCUCAAAGGAAAGAGCCAGAUUUUAGUUUCUAACUCCAGAAAGUGUUAAAUAGUUUAAUACCUGAGCGAGAAAAAAGGUAAA